UCCCCCAUGAUGACCUAUUCAUCCACCUACCUCCCCUCUCUGUUCCACUGUCUCCCUUAGGAGAGAUGGCAACGGCCAGAGCAGGAUGCUGCCCCUUGCUGCUGCUGCUUCUGGGGCUGUGGGUGGCAGAGAUCCCAGUCAGUGCCAAGUCCAAGGACAUGACCUCAUCUCAGUGGUUUAAAACUCAGCAUGUGCAGCCCAGCCCUGAAGCAUUCUUCAGUCUCAGUAAGUACACAGAAUGGUGCAAAGACCUCAACACCUUCCUGCAUGAGCCCUUCUCCGGUGUGGCCACCACCUGCCAGACCCCCAACAUAGCCUGCAAGAAUUGCUAUAAAAACUGCCACCAGAGCAGCAGGCCCGUGUCCCUGACCAUGUGUGAGCUCACUUCAGGGAAGUACCCAAACUGCAGGUACAAAGAGAAGCACCUGAACGCACCUUACAUAGUGGCCUGUGACCCUCCACAACAGGGUGACCCAGGGUACCCACUUGUUCCUGUGCACUUGGAUAAAGUUGUCUAAGGCCUGGCGCCCACAUUCCACCUCACACUCUGCAGACUGUACACUGCUGCUUUUCCUCCCUCCAGUUCGUUAUUAAUCCUUGCUCCUCGUUG